AUUGAUCGCAAGCUCAUUCCUAUGCUAUUCGCAAUGUCCGCCAUCAACAUGUCCCUUGAAGAGAUUAUCAGCAAGAAUAAAAAGUCGAAAUCGGGAAGACUCGUCGGUGGUUUUCGUAGCGAUGUCGUCAACAAACCGUCUGGUGCAGUGAAAACUAGUGGAGCCAGGAAUUUUGGGAGAUUUUCUGAUCGAACUCCUGCAGGAAAAUGGAAGCACGACAAGUUCCAGGAUGAUACUGGGGCUUUCCGUGCACGAGGAGCGAUCGGUAAAUUGAGUGCCGCGGGCAACCCAAACAAGAAAGUGCGCGUGAAUCUGUCCAAUCUUGGACCGAACGUCGUCUCAGCAGACCUAGAGGAACUUUUCGCUCCAUAUAACAUCGAAAGUGCUGCUAUCCAUUUCAACGAAGAAGGCAUAUCUCUUGGCACUGGUGACGUAUACCUGAAGAAAAAGGACGCCCUUCAGAUGUUUGAGGAUUUCCGAGGAGUCUCUCUUGAUGGUAAACUGAUCAAAAUGCUGAUAGUCGAUGGUGGAACGGCUGUGGCCAAUGGUAUCGAAAGCCGCCUUAGCAAACUUCCACUCAAAGGUUCCCGCGGAAUACAAAAGAGGUUCAGAAGGAAUUCGGCCGGUGCUGUUUCGUCUUCAUUUUUGGACCGUCUCGGCGAUGAUAAGCCAAGAAGAGGACGUGUGGGACGCGGAGGAGCUGGGCGAAGAGAACGCAGGCCGCAAAAGUCCGUAGCUGAACUGGAUGCUGAAUUGGAAUCUUAUAUGAAGGGGAGAGCAAUGGAUCUCUAGUUCAGUUUCUAAACUGUGCUUAUUGUCUACUGUGCUGUAUCUAUGAGCAAGACAUGAUUAGAUCUGUCGUUGUUCUGACUUUUGUUAUCAAAACUGUAUUUCUGGAUUGUCGUGGUAUAAUGUUGUUAUAUGAGUUUAUUGUUCAAUCUCACAGUCUUUUGUAAAGUAUUCGUUAUGUGCUCCAUUCCCGUUCUAACAAACAAAGAUUUGUACAGAC